UCCUGGGGUUUUGCCAAUUGGUUGUAAAUUUGAUAUAAUAAUUUGAUCACGAAUACCCGACAGUAUAAACAACAUAUAUGAUAAGUCAUUGUGAGUUCCCCAGGCUAUUAUUUUGACGUUUUUAAUUCUCUUUUGGCAAUGGCUUGUGCUCAACGGGCAUCGAGCUUGGAGGAAACACUGGCCGAUCUUGGUACUUAUCUGACUACUAAGCGUCAGAUAACUAUACAACGCGAUUCAAUAUUCAAGGAUUUUAUAGAAGUUCUCCAAAGACCUGGAGCCGACAAAUCUCGCUUUGAGGUGAAGUUUACACAUGACGGAUGGACGGAGCCAGCCAGUGACACGGGUGGACCUAGAAAUCAGUUGUUUACCAACUUUUUUCAAGAAUGUAUGGUUCCUGAACGACGCAUGUUUCAAAGGUAUGACAAAGAACUGUUUCCGGUCGACAAUCCAGCUGCAUUGCAUGGACGCUGGUUCUUCUCACUGGGUCGAGCUAUUGUCCUCUCUCUCGUACAACAAGGAGCCGGCUUUCCUUACCUAGCUAAAUGCUGUUUCAAGAAAAUUCUAAAUAAUGACUAUAUACCAGAGGAUAAAAAUCUGAAAAAGUUACUCCAAAAACUCACCAAGGCUCAGACGCAGGCCAGAACGGAGGAUGAGUUGCUUCAGAUUCUUGGUGAUACUGAGAUCCAGCUUCUCCUGAAACAGAUGAGCAUUGUGGACUAUGAGAAGACUAAAUCAGAAGCAACAAUGAUUCACUUAAAGAACUUUAUGAGACUACAGCAUUGCACAAAGGCUAUAGAACAACUUGUAGAAGGUCUUCAUAGCCUGGGAUUUUUGGACAAGGUCAAGCGAUAUGCUUGUGACCUUGAACGAUUUUUAGUUCCAACAGAAGGUUUCUUUGUGGACAGUGCGUUUAUGCAGAAACAAUUACUUGAUCCGCUGGUGAACUUAAGGGCAAUAUCUGAUGGACAAGUCAACGUCAAACAGUGGGCGGCGUUAUGCUUGACCAGUCUGUCUGAUGAGCAGGCCCUUAACCUGUACGAGUUCAUCACGGGCAUGCGGUCACUUCCUGUUGGAGACUGUGACAUGAUGGUUGAAUUCAAUGUUCAGAAUACAACAGACAAGCUUCCUCGGGCGAUUACUUGCGCAUGGCUACUACUGUUACCCCUCGGUAAUGACUCUGUCAAGGAAUUCAUCCGAUCCUUUAAAACAGCACUCGAAAAUCGGUCUGAGUUCGGCAGGAUUUGAUUUGUUUUAAGUGAUAGGGCUGGCUGUUUCGAUGUAAAAGUGUCGGGAUAGUUGGCCGUUCCAAUCACUCAAAACCUGCUAUACUUCAAACAGCGGCCAGUGACGAUAAUGAAAGAAUUGCCUCCAAAGAAUCAGGGAUUUUCAAUGCAUCAAAAAAUCGGUACUUUAGGUGAAAACCUUGACGCUCCGCUUCAAAAUUCGGAGCAUCAAUUCGCCGGCAAACAAUUAUCUUAUUAUGCGAAACAAAUAAAUGUAGUGUAAUAUAACUUCACUACACUACAUAUUCUUAUCAGUCCAGAAGGAUAUUAUAUUGUACCGUACAAGUAUUACAAAGUUUGAUUCUUGAGGGUACUCCACAGAGAAAUUCUUACUAGAAAUUAAUCAAGAGACAACACUGGUACAUUUCUUCUGGAGGGUCACACAUGUCAACUUCUCUGUGGUCAAGGCCGUCACACAUGUCAACUUCUCUGUGGUCAAGGCCGUCACACAUGUCAACUUCUCUGUGGUCAAGGCCGUCACACAUGUCAACUUCUCUGUGGUCAAGGCCGUCACGCAUGUCAACUUCUCUGUGGUCAAGGCCGUCACGCAUGUCAACUUCUCUGUGGUCAAGGCCGUCACACAUGUCAACUUCUCUGUGGUCAAGGCCGUCACACAUGUCAACUUCUCUGUGGUCAAGGCCGUCACACAUAUCAACUUCUCUGUGAUCCAGAUCCUCCAAUAUGUUGUGUCGAUUCCGGGAAAAUGUUUGUUGCAUAUAAACAUGUACGGAUUGGAAUAUACACUGUUGUUACAAAAUAGCAUAUCUUUAGAUAGAUUAAAAUGUAUUAUGAUGGCGUCACUUUUAUCUAAAUAGAUAUUUAUAAUAUUGUUAAGAUAAUGCCAAGUUUAUUCCUAUUUCUCGUUGCCGUAUUACAGCCUGGUACUGCGGAAAUGUGCCGACAUCAUGGCAGCAACAGCUUGUCUCCCAUUAACCUUACUUGUGUAUCUCCCGAAUAGGCGCUACCUCUCCCAGCGAUAUCUCAUGCGGAAAGCACAAGUCCGAGCUCGGAAAUUGCGUAAUCACUGUUUUCUUUAACAUCUGGGUGUAUAAAACCGCGGGAAAGGUCGGAACAAUUUAAGUUUGUAGACUAUAAAUCCGAGGCAUUCCGGGUAUCUUUUAACUUGCCUUUAGUUUUUUCGUUCGGCUGCAAAAACACUUCGCUGCCCGGCAUUAGCAAGAUGUUUUUAGAAUACCACAUGUACGACAGCGGUACACUAAAACUGCAAGCGAGUCGGAGACCCGUAAUUGUACACUCCUUAAUUUAUCAUAGGAAAAUAUUUUUUAUACAGGCAAAAAUUCGUUCAAAAAAAAGUAUUUUUAUAUAAAUAACAUCACAGUUUUGAGAUUUGAAACAUAAAAACAUAUUUCGCAUGACUUAUGAUUAACAAUAAUUCCAUUUAAUACCGUUUUACUAACAGACUUGUCCCCAUACCAAUGAACCGUUUUCAAACUCUUGCUUAUCCUUUUGAUUUGUUAUUUUAAUUUAAUUGUUUUAAUAUGAUGAAAUAAUUGUGUAAAUAACCCAAAUAUUCUGUUUAAAAAGCCAUCAUUGGGGAUGUCCUCACUGGUAUAUAUGAUAAGUAUAAACGCGUUUUCAAACAGCCUUCGCACUGUUGAUAUGAGUCAUGUAAGCUCCAAAUCCACUGUUACAUAAAGCCUUUUGAAUACAACAAUAAUGUUGAAAACGAAAAGCAUUUUAUUUUAAAAUGUUACCGUUUUAUAUAAGGAAGAGUGUACUGUCGUAUCGUGGUUUGCUCCCACAGAAAGGCUCCACGCGAGUUUCCAUCCGGGCCAACAAGAGUGGUUCAUAUAGACAUACAUUGUAAUUAGCUCCUUAAUUGUCAAAAAAUAAAUACAAGGUAGGCUUACACUUGCAUUUACGACCUAAUAUGCUGAAAUUCAUCAAACUUUUGGAAACGGGGAAAAGAUUUAGGUAAUUUUGGAACAUUAGUUACGGAUGAACCUGUAUCCACUCUUUGUGAGCUGUAUUUUCUUUAUUGAUUUGUGUGUUUGUACUAUACACUGUACUCGUUCACAGGUUAGAAGUAAAUAUGUAAUCAAUUAAUUAAUUAGUUAAAUACAUCAAGUAGUAUCUACUAAAAGACAGAGGCAUUGUGAUGUAACCGACAACAAUAAACCUUAAACAGACUCAGUAUUAUGUAUGACAUUUCCGAGAGACGUUAGUGAAUAGAACUACAGGUUUGUUUUACAGUUGACUUAUACAUUGUCUAUGUAUUGAUUUCAAUAACAUUCAGGAAAGCGAUUAUUAGAUUUUGUAAUGACGGAACACCAUCAUAUAUUACACUACAAAAUAAAUAAAAGAACCCACUUAAACAACCCUAAUUACCUCAUUGAUCUGAAAGUGGUAUAUAAAGGCGACUACAAUGAAUACAGUGUAAUAUCCCCAGUGAUGUUUUUUCCUGAAAUCUGUGAUGAAGAUCUGGAAGUUUCAAACCAGCGUUUGUUGACUUAGAGCAGUUUGAUUUACAAUUACACAGUUAAACACUACCUGUACAAGUAACACGUUUAAACACUACCUUUACAAGUAACACGGUUAAACACUACCUUAACAAGUAACACGGUUAAAGACUACCUGUACAAGUAACACGUUUAAACACUACCUUUACAAGUAACACGGUUAAACACGAAAUUUACAAGUAACACGGUUAAACACGAAAUUUACAAGUAACACGGUUAAACACUACCUUAACAGGUAACACGGUUAAACACUACCUUUACAAGUAACACGUUUAAACACUACCUUUACAAGUAACACGGUUAAACACUACCUGUACAAGUAACAAGGUUAAACACAACCUUAACAAGUAACACGGUUAAACACUACCUUAACAAGUAACACGGUUAAACACUACCUUUACAAGUAACACGGUUAAACACUACCUUCACAAUUACACGUUUAAACACUACCUUAACAAGUAACACGGUUAAACACUACCUUAACAAGUAACACGGUUAAACACUACCUUCACAAUUACACGUUUAAACACUACCUUUACAAGAAACACGGUUAAACACUACCUUAACAAGUAACACGGUUAAACACUACCUUAACAAGUAACACGGUUAAACACUACCUGUACAAGUAACACGGUUAAACACGAAAUUUACAAUUACACAGUUAAACACUACCUGUACAAGUAACACGGUUAAACACUACCUUAACAAGUAACACGGUUAAACACAACCUAAACAAGUAACACGGUUAAACACUACCUUCACAAUUACACGUUUAAACACUACCUUAACAAGUAACACGGUUAAACACUACCUUCACAAUUACACGUUUAAACACUACCUUAACAAGUAACACGGUUAAACACUACCUUUACAAGUAACACAGUUAAACACAACCUUUACAAGUAACACGGUCAAACACUACCUUUACAUGUAACACGGUUAAACACUACUUUACAAGUAACACGGUUAAACACUACCUUUACGAAUAGCACGGUUAGCGAUAGAUACACACGUAUCGAUAGCAUACCAUAUCAUUAUCUUUGACAUUUCGGCAAAAUAACGAAUAAUUUAUGCAUGAAAAUUUUCUUCAGAACAUUGGUACGCUUAUCGAACUGAUAAUGUAUCUUUGAAUUUGUAGAGUUUUACUUUUCGUUGUUUAUCCGUCAAAAGACUUCAAAAACGAUUACUAAGUGCUUGUGCUAUGUGUACGUAUUACAUCUGUCGUACAUAUGUGUUAAUAAUGGCUCUUUCUGUCACACCACGUUAAUACAUUGACGUUUAUAAUUUACUAAAGAGGCGAAAAAACGAAGCCUGCCCAAAACAUUAAUGACAAGUAAUACCUACCAACUGAUGUGAGUAGAUAAGUGUAUAUCUGUUAUAAGUGACAUUAACAUCGCCACCGUAGUAGUUCUCCGCUCCUUCUGUCACUAAUGAACAUGAUACGCGUGACUUCCAUCACGGUCACGACAACUUUUUCUCUAUAUAGUUAGUAAUCUAAUACCAGGAACAUUUUUUCCUUACUGCACGCUUCUGACCCAGAACAUUAACAACAGUAAUAAAAUCACAAGAUUAUCAACACUGGUUUUGUACAUAAACAAAUGUAUUCAGGUAUCUGGUAAAUACAUGAACACCUGCAUGUAAACAUAUUCUCUCUCCUUCCAAGAUGUUGUAAACAUGUGAACUGCCUCUAAAUAAUCAAAAUGUUCCCUCCUUCCAAAAUGCCACAUCGCCGGCAUUGUAACCAUGUGCACUGCUUCUCAUAAUUAAUAUCCUCUCUCUUUCCAAGAGGCCACAUCGCCGGCAGCAUCAUAAGAAAUGCAAAACAAUGCCACUCCUGGUUUAGAAAUAUUUUCAAAAUAAAAAAACAACAUCAACAUUAUCCUGGUGAAUUCCUUAGAGAUGCAAUUAUCUGUUCACUUUUUAAAACAAAAAUAUGAGGAUGGUAAUAGUAUAAAGUAUGUAGCAUUUGGUAUUGAAUCAAAUAUACAACACUGUUCUUAUUUUUCAGUCAAUCAUACUUACCCUUUGUCGAAUAUGUAGCAUCAGUACCCGGAGAUAUCAACGAUAGAUACCUGUUUUCCAAAUAUAUUCAGAAAUACUUAAAAAAAAUAAUAAUAAGGAGGUUUUUGCACGAUAAAAAAACUAAUAAUAAACAUUUCAAUAGAAGCAAUUGAAUUUUCUUUAUGAUGGUUGACAAGUGCCCCCGCUCCCCGAUCCACAUUAAAUGGAUUAUCAAGAUAAAUGUUGCAAAAUAGAGGAUCAAAACAAUGAAUACAUGUGCAUUUUUGUAAAAUUAACGUGGAUUGGUUUUCCGUACGUGCUCCAGCAUAUCGCCCUCAAACUUCUUAUAUUGCAUUUUUUAGAGGUACAUGUACAUGUAUGCCAUUCAGUUUAAACUUUCUCUAUGUACGUUUUUAUUUAAGAUAUUUUAACUUUCUCUAUACAAGUUUUGAUUUCAUAUAUUUUACUUUCUCUAUGUAAGCCUUUUUAUUUCAAACAUGUAAUCGUUUUCAUUUAGCUAUGAACAUUACUUGUCCAUUUUUCAUAUUAAUCUGUAUUUGCGAGAUUAGUGAUAAUAAGAUGUCUAUGUGUACAAUAUUAAUCAACAGAUAUAUAUUCCUUACUGCUAAGAUUGCUGGAAUAAACUUUAAUUAGUUAACAAGAAAUAUUCAGUGCUAUAACUUUAUUCCAUGGUAUAAUAUACUUGUUGCUACUUCUUUAAUUAAAUCUGUAUUAGUUA